GCCACCCUUGGACUGCGUACCGCUGCACAGUUGCUGGCUUGCUGCACGCCUUGCAAGUACUGUAAUUCUUUUGUUUCGUUCCCUCAUGUCCGCCUCAUCGACCAUGUCAACUGGCCUUGGCCAUGAAAUUGUCUCCGUCAUCAAUAAGCUCCAGGACGUGUUCAGUACUAUUGGCUCAUCAGGCUCCCAAAUAGACCUCCCGCAGAUCUGCGUACUGGGCAGCCAGAGUAGUGGAAAGAGCAGUGUUCUCGAGAACAUCGUAGGGCGAGACUUUUUGCCCCGUGGAACGGGCAUCGUUACACGGCGGCCGUUGGUCCUGCAGCUCAUCCAUCGACCUGCUCCCGCUUCGCAGCCGAAUGGCACACCAGUGAAAAUGAAUGGCCCAGACAAAUUCGCAAAUGAGCACGAGUGGGGCGAAUUCCUCCAUCUCCCAGGUCAGAAGUUUUACGAUUUCUCCAAAAUUCGAGAAGAAAUCGUCCGUGAUACUGAGGCCAAGACGGGGCGCAAUGCUGGCAUAUCUCCACAGCCUAUUAACCUACGUAUCUUCUCGCCCAACGUUCUAACCCUCACCCUCGUCGACUUGCCGGGUUUGACCAAGGUCCCUGUGGGUGACCAGCCCAAAGACAUCGAGAAACAGAUCAAGGACAUGCUUGUGAAAUAUAUCUCCCGACCCUCGUGCAUUAUCCUUGCGGUCACAGCAGCCAACACUGACCUGGCCAACUCAGAUGGUCUGAAGCUAGCACGUGAGGUUGACCCAGAAGGCACGCGGACAAUUGGCGUCCUAACCAAGGUGGACCUCAUGGAUCAAGGAACUGAUGUCGUCGAUAUCCUUGCUGGCCGCGUCAUCCCUCUUCGACUCGGCUACGUGCCGGUCGUUAAUCGGGGCCAGCGCGAUAUUGAUACUUCCAAGUCGAUCUCUGCUGCUCUGGAGGCUGAACGCCAGUUUUUUGAAAACCAUCCAUCAUAUAAAGGGAAGGCCCCAUACUGCGGGACGCCCUUCCUUGCUCGUAAACUCAAUAUGAUUCUUAUGCAACACAUCCGCGCAACCCUUCCCGACAUCAAAGCCCGCAUAUCACAGCAACUUGCAAAAUUCAAUGCCGAACUGGCUUCGCUGGGUGGUCCAAUGGGUGACUCGUCGGGCAAUGUUGUUCUCUCUGUCAUUACAGAGUUCACGAACGAGUUCCGCACUGUCAUUGAUGGUAACACAAACGACCUUUCUCUGAACGAACUUAGUGGAGGUGCUCGUAUCAGUUUCGUGUUUCAUGAACUCUUCAAUCAUGGUGUAAGAAGUAUCGACCCAUUCGAUCAAGUCAAAGAUGGAGACAUCAGGACAAUCCUUUAUAACUCAUCUGGGUCGACACCAUCGUUAUUUGUGGGCACCCAAGCCUUCGAAGUCAUCAUCAAGCAACAGAUCAAGCGAUUGGAGGAGCCCGGAUUGAAAUGUUGUCAGUUAAUCUACGACGAGCUUAUUCGGAUUCUUGGGCAAUUGCUCCAGAAGAUACAAAUGUUCCGGCGUUUCCCGGCACUCAAGGACCGUUUCAACUCUGUGGUUGUUAACUUCUUCAAGACUGCCAUGAACCCUACGACGAAGCUGGUGUCAGAUAUGGUUGCUAUGCAAACAUGCUACGUAAACACGACGCACCCAGAUUUCCUUGGUGGUCAUAAGGCCAUGGCAAUCGUUCAAGAUCGCUUGAAUGUCAACAAGCCUCCGACGCCGCAACCGGAUGCGAAAUCCAACAGGCUUGCUGCGAGUCACAAUAGUCGCGAUCUCGAUGUCGAACCCAAGAAAGAUGAGCCCAGUUUCUUUGGGUCGUUCUUCUCUUCGGCAAAGAAGGGACAAUCAAAGAAGGCUGGGCCUGUUAUGGAGGCGCCACCUCCAGUUAUUAGACCGCAAUCCGCACUGAGUGAUCGAGAGACCAUGGAAACCGAAGUGAUCAAGCUUCUUAUUAAUUCCUACUUCAAUAUCGUGAAGAGGGAGAUGAUAGAUAUGGUCCCCAAAGCCAUCGUCUACACGCUCGUGAACCACUCCAAAGAGAAUCUUCAACGCGAGUUGUUGCAGGAGCUCUACAAGCCUGAUGUCUUGGAUGACUUGCUGAAGGAGAGCGAGUUCGUCAUUAACCGUCGGAAAGAGGUGGCCACAAUGGUAGUCGCACUCAACAAGGCGGAAGAGUGAGUGUUUCUGUUACGGUUUUCUUUCCUUGUUGCACGUGCUGACCACUACCGCUCUACAGAAUCGUCGCUGGCGUCUAGUCGCACUGGUCAGAUAUUCCUAUGGAUGACUAUGGUUGUGCGAGAUCGCAUGUACCCU